CUGAGUGGGGCCGUCCCUCCGACGGGCUCCGGCGACCGCGAUCCGGCGCCUGCCUCUCGGUUUCGCUUCUCCUCCCCCGCCUCAGGCUCAAAACCCAGAAGCGAAACUGUGCUGGGAUCCAUGCAGCAGGAGCCCGCGCCCCCCCGCUCUCCGGCUCCCGGGCAGGACCCCGCACCGCCCCCGGCGCCCAGCAUGCCUCCCCCGGAGCCCGCCUGCGAGGGCCACCAGCCCAGCCCCAGCCGCAACCCCGCGGAGCAAGCCCUGGAGGAGGAGUUCCAGUUCCUGUGCUGCCAGAGCUGCCAGGCCGAAGCCAAGUGCCCCAAGCUGCUGCCGUGUCUGCACACGCUCUGCUCGGGAUGCCUGGAGGCAUCGGGCCUGCGCUGCUCCAUCUGCCAGGUGCCCGGGCCUCUAGGCGCUGGCUCGCCGGCCCUGGACAACGUCUUCUUCGAGAGCCUGCAGCGGCGCCUGUCGGUUUACAGGCAGAUCGUGGACGCGCAAGCUGUUUGCACCCGAUGCAAAGAACCUGCGGACUUCUGGUGUUUUGAGUGCGAGCAGCUCCUCUGUGCAAAGUGCUUCGAGGCGCACCAGUGGUUCCUCAAGCACGAGGCUCGGCCCCUGGCAGAGCUCCGGAGCCAGUCGGUGUGUGAGUUCCUAGACAGCACUCGAAAGUCCAACAGCAUCUUCUGCUCCAACCCCAACCACCGCACCCCUAUGCUGACGAGCAUCUACUGCCGAGGCUGCUCCAAGCCGCUGUGCUGCUCGUGCGCGCUCCUGGACAGCAGCCACGGCGAGCUCAAGUGCGACAUCAGCGCGGAGAUCCAGCAGCGCCAGGAGGAGCUGGACACCAUGGCCCGGGUGCUGCGGGACCAGGACGGCGCCUUCGGGGCGGCGCACGCGCAGAUGCACUCGGCCGUCAGCCAGCUGGGCCGCGCGCGCGCCGACACCGAGGCGCUGAUCCACGCGCAGGUGCGCCAGCUGGUGGAGCACGUGCUGGCGCGGGAGCAGGAGCUGCUGGCGGGGGUGACGGCGCGGUACCAGCGCUGCUACGAGGAGCUGGCGGGCCGCAUGGGCCGCCUGGAGGCCGUGCUGCAGCGCAUCCGCACGGGGAGCGCGCUGGUGCACAGGAUGAAGCUCUACGCCUCGGACCAGGAGGUGCUGGACAUGCACGGCUUCCUGCGCGACGCGCUCGGCCGCCUGCGCCAGGAGGAGCCCCGCGACCUGCACACGGCCGUGCGCACCGACGGCUUCGAGGAAUUCAAAGUGCGCCUGCAGGAGCUUGUCUCCUGCAUCACGGGGGGCAGAGAUCUAGCUGUACCCAGGAGAGCCAGCCCAGACGCUGCCAGCACUCCCAGGGACUCUUUAGACGUUGACCAGACCCCACCGCCAGAGGAGAUGCUGGGGAGUCUGGCGCAGGCCCCGCAACUGGCGGGUCCGGCACAGGCCCCGCAGCUGGCGGAGACCCACAGUGUGGCUUUGGUACAGUCUGUGCCCGGGGUCCACCCGGUGCCGGUACACGCCUACUCCAUCAAAGACCCGUCCUGUAGAGAGGAGGUCUGCAACAAAGUCACUCCCCAGAAGAGGAAGUCCUGCCAAACCGAGUGCCCCAGGAAGGCCAUCAAGAUGGAGUCUGAGGAGGAGCGGGAGACUCGGUUGGCCCAGAGCUCCCCGGAGCAGCCCAGGCCCAGCACCUCCAAGGCGGUCUCGCCACCCCUGGAUGGGCCCUCCAGCCCUGAAAGUCCCAUCAUGGGAAACGAGAUCUUUCUGCCCAACAGCAACCACUCAACCGGCGACCCUGGGGAGGCAGAGGAACGCGUUGUGGUGAUCAGCAGCUCGGAAGACUCAGACGCUGAAAACUCGUCCUCCCGAGAGCUGGACGACAGCAGCAGCGAGUCCAGUGACCUCCAGCUGGAGGGCCCUAGCUCCCUCAGGGUCCUGGACAACAGCCUCGCCGGCCCCCAAGCAGAAGACAGGCCCCUGGUUUUCUUUGACCUCAAGAUUGACAGUGAAACCCAGAAGAUUAGCCAGCUGGCGGCUGUAAACCGGGAGAGUGAGUUCCGCGUGCUCAUCCAGCCCCAGGCCUACUCCAGCAUGUUCUCCAAGGCCGUCUCCCUGGAGGUGGGGCUGCAGCACUUCCUUGGCUUCCUGGGCUCCAUGCGCCGCCCCGUCCUGGCCUGCUCCAAACUGUGGGGGCCCAGCCUCCCGAUUUUCUUCCAGGCCCUGGAAGACAUGAACAGGCUUUGGGGGUUCCAGGAGGCCAUCUCGGGCUUCCUGGCUGUGCUGCCCCUCGUCCGGGAGCGGGUUCCCCAGGCCAGCAGCUUCAGACUCGGGAGUCUGGCCAAGACCUACCUGGCAAGAAACGUGAACGAACGCAGUGCCCUGGCCACCGUCCUGGCCCUGCGAGACCUGUGCCGGCUCCUCGAGAUCUCCCCGGGCCCUCGGCUAGCCCAGCACGUCUACUCCUUCAGCAGCCUGCAGUGCUUUGCGUCCCUGCAGCCCCUGGUGCAGGAGGCCGCCCUGGUCCAGGCCCAGGCCCGCCUCCUGGCCCUGCACAAUGUGAGCUUCACCGAGCUGCUGGCCGCGCACCGCCGUGACCCACAGCAGGGCUUGAAGAAGUACAGCCGCUACCUGGGCCCGCAGACCAGCAUGUCACCCCCCAGCCAGCGAGCUGUCAGCCUGCAGGCCCUGAGCACCUACUUCAAAGGCCGGUCGGAGGGGGCCGUCUCCGCUCAGGCACAAGGCCUCUCCACCCUUCUCACUGGCCACAGCUUUGCAAAGAGGGCAUGCCAGCAGAGCUGAGAGGAAGCCAAGACUGGCUUGGGAUCUCUAGGUACAGAGAGGGAUGGGGUCCCUGAGCCAGCCGCCUGCCCGACCCAUCACAGCAUUCCCGUGUCCUAAUCCCUAGCACUCAGUCGUCUUUUGGUCCAGAAUCAGCUCUCUGGGACCAAAUUCCCCUUCUCUAAAAACCCCACAGAGAAGGUUCUAAGUCUGAGUUCUAACCACCCAGGGCCACCAGAUCCCCUUUCAGGCUUUGGGGGCACCAGUAGGUUGGUUUCCCCUGAGCCCUGGCCCCUCUUGUCAAGGAGCCAAAACCAGGGCGUAAAGAAGGCCUGGCCUCCGGGCCGAGUGGCCCCCCCCACCCCCAACUUGCCACUUCCAUGAGUGUCCCUGCAGCCCCUCCCUGACCCCCAGUCACUGCAGUAGGGGACCUGCUGGUAGUCCCCGCAGACAGUGCCCGCAACACCCACGGGUACCCCAAGUGCCUUUCAAACCAAACUGCCCUCUUGAGUUUGGUUCUCCCACCGUCUGCCUGUCUGAAGGCCAGCUCUCUGUUCACUUCUUUGGGAACAAAAUGUAUUUUUGUCCCCAGAGGGCCUCAUAUCUGCAGAGGCAGAAGCUGCUGCUCCAUGCCUACCCCUCCUUCCAAAGUAUGACCCUUCCGAGCUUGCUUCUUUCCUGCUGGCCACGCAGCCACCUCCUCUUAGUUAGGCUUUGCUCCUUGGUCCUCAGGCCGCCAGCCCCUGUCUGCAUGGCUUUUGCCCUCUGCAUUGCCCACAUCCGCCACACCGAGGAGUGUCCUCCUACCCAGCGCUGCUUGCCACAUACACCAGGGACUUGCAGUGUUGGCAUCCCCCGAGAGCCCUCCCCCGGCCCUCUGGAAUCAGCAUCUCUGAGGUGGACCCAGCCAGCUGUUUAAGCACAUCCUCCAAAUGAUUCUGAUGCCUGCUAAGACUCAGAGCCAGUGUUCGGUUAGACUGCUCCCCGAAAGAGGAGCAGGGCGCUGUAGCAGAGCCCGUCCUAGUCCGGACAGGGAGUGUGACCUAGGAAAAGACCCCUUCCCGAGCUCCAGCAUACCCACCUGAUAAAUGGGCCAGUCGGUCCAGCUGGUCUCUGAGUUCCCGUCCAGCUCUGCCAUUCUGGGUUUAGACAUGGACGAUGGCCACCGAGGCAGUGGACAAGGGCUUAAACCUAGCUCUCAGCCCUAAGCCAAGGUCCCCAGCGUUGUGGUCGUACCAGAGAUCAGCAGCAGAACACCGGCAGGUCAGGGCCUUCCCUCUGACUAGCAGAACCACUGGCCCUGCCCUGCUACCCAAUGUUCCCUCUUCCUUGGCUCCUGCCACCAGGACACAGCCCAGACCUCCAGCUUCCAGAGCCUGAGCUUUCACAGGGGGGAGGUCUGCGUGCCCACGCCUCAGCCCCCAUUCAUCGAGGUGCCCUGGAGAUUCCCUAAGGGAUUACCUAGGAACUGGCUGCCACAGUGGGAGCACUGGUCCUACGGUGAACCCCAAUGCGUUUGACCGCAGGUUUUCUAACAAAGGGCUGUUGUGCCUCUCUCCAGUUAUGCAGCCUUUAAUAAAGAUGCAAAUGUUGGGGGAUCCCUGGGUGGCUCAGUGAUUGAGCAUCUGCCUUCGGCUCAGGGCAGGAUCCCAGGUCCAGGGAUUGAGAACCAUGUCGGGCUCCCGGCAUGGAGCCUGCUUCUCCCUCUGCCUGUGUCUCCCUCUCUGUGUGUGUGUGUGUCUUUCAUGAAUAAAUAAAUAAACUCUUA